GCCGGGCCUGGGCUAAGGCCCGGCCUGAGGCUGGGGCUGGGGCUGGGGCACCCACGGGGUCCGCGGGGACCACAGUCUCCGGGGAAGCAAGCCAGAGGCAAGCCAGAGGCAGGCUCAGGGCGCGGUUGGUCUCGGCGGCGGAGUGUAGCUAGCGAGGCCGGUGCGACAUGGAGGUGACUCCGGCGGGACAGGCAGACGUGCAGUCGUCCAGCACCAGCCAGCAGGAGUCCGAGAGCUCCAAGGAGGUGCGCCAGGAGGGCAACAGCCUGGUGGAGUCGAGCAGCUCGUCCAAGCGCUCCGUGCAGCAGUCCGUCACGCAGUCCGUGCAGCAGUCCGUCACGCAGAGGGUCAUGUCCUCCAGCGUGGUGAAGCAGAGCUCGUUCAGCUCCAGCUCCGUGACGAGCUCCCAGCAGGACCUGCAGGACCUCCAGCAGCAGGGCGCACCGCCAGGGCCGCCAGGGCCGCCAGGGCCGCCAGGGCCGCCAGGGCCAGAAACAAACACUCCGCAACAAAAACACGACGACGCCGAGGUCGAGCAGCGAGAGCAACAGGACGGCGCCAGCAAAAGGAACGAAGCGACCUCGACCACCACGGCCACCACCACGACCUCCACCACGACACAACACGAAGCAAGUCGAGCGAACCAAGCGGGUGGACCGGACGGGCCGGGCGAACCGGGGGGACCGGGGCCGGGGCCUCAGAUAUUGGUAGCCACCGUCACGACCACACAGCAGAGAUUCAUUCAACCAGACGUGCCGCAGAGCCCCGAGUCCGCCGGCCAGCACAGCCAUCAGAACGGCGAGGCGCCGUGGCAGCUACAAGCGGCCCCCGAGGGACCGACCCAGGACGCCGUCGGCCAGGACGCCGUCAACCAGGACGCCGGCGCCCAGCCCCAGGACGCGCCAGCCCCACCCGUAAAGGACUGCUCCGACCUGCCCCAGGACAACAUCAAAUCGUCACUGAAGGAGAUCAUCUGCGACCUGGAGCGAGCCGACCUGGCCGACGGCGCUGACGGCGCCGCGGACAGCGAGGGGUUCACGAGCCAGACGCGCUCCUCUGUGCAGCACAGCGCCACGCUGGAAACGGCGGAGGAGAGGAGAAGCAAAAUGGACAGACAGACCUCCACCACAACUUUAGAACAGGCGUUACUCAAGGAGCACACGAUCGCUCACGAGCUCAACAUGCUGGGCCGCCACGAGGAGUCGCUCUGCAAACAGGAGAUUGCGGAGGAGCCCUACAUCAACCACAUUCCGGAUGACGACCGGUCGCGGGGCGGACCCGCCCACAUCGACCUCGAGAGGCUGUUCACUCCGGCCACCGACAGUGGCGAAUCCACGCCCAGGGCGCGAAAGAGCCGCAUGUACGCGUCGUCGAGCUUCUACGGGCCGGAGCACCCCACCGUGGAGGAGCAGGUGGAGCUGGCCAGGCGCAUCUCCACCUCCCUGAGCGACAUCUCCAACCAGCGGUCCAAGGGGCAGACCAUGUACGUCAACCGGAAGAAGCGCUCCGCCGGAUGGGUGCACGCAGCCACCGAUGAUAGCUUCUCCAGCGCGCCCACCACCCCCGUCCCAGAUGUCGUGCCUCCGGGACCGGACAAGCCGGUCCUCAAGCUGGUGAUGGACCCCCGCGGCCAGGUCCAGGACCUGUGGAGCCUGCAGCGGCAGGGCGUGCCCGUGGCCGUCGACCCCAAGUGCGGCGCGCUCAGCCCGGAGGUGUGCUUCCACCUCGUGAGGGACCUCAACGCCCCCAAGGGCAAAGGCGCCGAGCUCUUCGCCAAGAGGCGCAAGAAGUCGGAGAAGUGGGUCGUGGACGAGACGACGGUGCGGUCCUCCUCCUCCACCUCCACCAUGGAGUCCACCUCGCCCGCGCCCAAGCUGCCCGUGCCCGCGGCGUCCUACCUCACCAACGGCACCGCCAAGGUGCACAACGUGCAGCGCAUGAACGAGAUACAGAUAAAAUUCCAGGAGAAGUUCUCGCAGCCCCGCGUCAAGCUGGUGAAGAGCCCGUGGGAGGCGGCCCUGGAGACCGGCUCCGUGGACGGCGCGUUCCUGGAGGGCCACAAGGCCGCCCCCAAGGCCGCCCCGCCGCCGAGCGCCGCCCCCGCGCCCCCGCCCCGGACGCCCGCAGUGGGCACGCCCACCUGGACCGCCACCACCACGGCCGCCACGGUGCGCCCGCUGUCCGCCACGGAGUCCACCUUGUACUCGGCCCGCGCCCCGCGCGGCUGGGGCCAGCACAGCACGGCGCAGCAGUACGGCGCGGUGUCCUUCAGCCUCACGUCGCCGUCGGCGGCAACCUCGACCUCGACCGUCACGGCCAGCGCCACGGCGAGCAACCCCAUCGUGUCGGCCAAGGAGGUCACCAGCUCCGUCAAGGAGGUCACCAGCUCCGUCAAAGAGGUCACCACCUCCGUCAAGGAGGUCUCCAGCUCCACCAAGGCCGUCACCAUCUCCUCGGCCGUCGAAGUGCUGGGUGACGCCGCGGUCCCCGAGGUCCCCGACGAGGACGAGGACGACGAGAGGGUCCGCGAGGUGGAGCAGGUGGUGGAGAGCGCCAAGCAGAUCGUGCGGGAGACGAUCGAGCGCGCCGUGCAGCGCGCCACGCCGGACGGCCUGCAGCACGACGAGGACGAGGACCAGGAGGUGCAGCGCCACCUCAGCGCCGUGGAGGCCGAGCGGGCCGAGAGGACGGCGGGGCAGGAGAAGCAGGUGCAGCUGGUGCAGCAGGAGCAGGCCGAGGCGGUGCGGCAGGCCGAGCAGGCAGUGCAGCAAGAACGGCAACAGCGGCAACUAAAAGAACAGCGAGAACAACAAGAACAGCGAGAGCAGCAAGAACAGCGAGAGCAACAAGAACAGCGACAACAACAAGAACAGCGAGAGCAACAAGAACAGCGACAACAACAACAAGAACAGCGAGCGGAAGUACAGCGUCGACACAAGCCGGCCUGCGAGGUGGUGGGCGCGCGGCCGCUGUACGGCAACGUGGACCCGUUCGCCGUCAAGCUGCGGCCCGUCAACCAGGGCCUGUACCCGGCGGCCGCGCCCGCCAGUGGCGACACCAGCCCCGUCAAGCCCGUCGCCACCAAGCCCGCCAGCCCAGGGCAGGUCGCGAGCACAGGGCAACCCGUGAGCCCAGGGCAGCCCGUCAGCACAGGACAACCCUCCCCCGGCCCGCAAGUCAGUCCGGGCAUUCCGGCAGCGGCCAAGACGGUGUCCCCGCCGGCUUUCCGCCCCGCCACCCCGCCCAGCGUGGAGCAGCGCCCCAGCCCCCAGCCACAGCCCUCGGAGGACAACGAGGACGCCGCGGACGCCGCGGACGCCGCGGACGCGCCCCGCACGGGCCCCAAGCCCCCCAGCCAGGUGGUGGGCGCCAAGCCCCUGUACGGCAACAUCGACCCCAGCUCGGUGCAGCUGCGGCCCGUGCACCGGGAGCUGCGCUUCGGGGACUCCCUGUCGAGGGAGGCGUCCGAGGACGUGGACGACGCCGAGCCCGCGGCCCCCGCCACCGUGCCCGUCAAGCACCUCAUCGACAGCUUUGAGCUGGGCGCGCCGGGCACUGGCGUGCAGCAGUACGUGUGCAACACGGCCGUGCAGACGCGCCUCUUCACCGCCAUGCUGCCGGCGAGGCCGCCCUCCGAGGCGCUGGAGCCCUUCCCGGAGCACUUCGCGGACCCCACGCCGGAGGAGAUGUACGCGCGGCGCGCCAAGGAGGACCUGGAGGACCAGAUCAGGCGCAACUACCCCUUCCCCGCGUCCCCCGCGCCCACCCCGCAGCCCGAGCCGCCGGCCACGCUCCGCAUCACGCUCGACAAGUUCCAGACCGUGCCCAAGCCCUGGGACCCCGAGCGGUACCAGCAGCCUGAGCCCCCCGCCAGAACGCCCACCGACCUCAACACCCCCCUGAGCGACAGCGCGCUGCUCAGCUUCCGCGGCCCCCCGGAGGAGCCCGCCCCCCUGCUGCUGCGGGAGGCGCAGGGCCCCUCGGGCCUCCCCGUCGCGGCCUCGGCCUCGGCCUCGGCCCCGGAGCCGCCCGUCCGCACCGUCUUCAUGGACUACAGCCUGCUGCAGAACUACAACACCGCGCCCCGCGGCUGGGGCGCCACCAUGGACUACUACCGCCCCGUCACCUUCUGCAAACCCAUCGCCGCCACUGACCUAUAGGCCCGUCUUUUCUAAUGCUGUUGUUUUCGUUUUUAUUCGUUGUUGUUUUCCUAUCUUUGUUUUCCAUCUGGGAAGGCCGCUGCCGGCUGGCUGGGACUGCCGGGGGCGUGCCGCGUGCCGUGUGUCCGGGGCGCCCUGCCCUGCCUCACCGCGCGAGCCGCGAGCAAACGCACACACUUUUCCUUGACGCGGACGGUUCUGUAUGUUUCCCUUUUGUGUUACCUUUGUGUUAUCGACUACCAGCCCCACUAUGUACGUUCAGGGGGCUUCCACCGGAUUGUCUCUAUGAUCAAAGACGCCGUUUGCAUCAUGGCAAGCGGCGGGCGGGGCUCCGAAGCACCGCCCUGGUCUCUGGCAGGACUGCAGCCUUCCUCCGAGUAAACCACUGAGACCGCAUAAGCCUCGCGCAGAACGCGCCAACGCGCUGUGACGGGAGUCCUCGCCGUGCUCAAAGCGCUCGGCAGGGAGCAGCACUGUCUGUCACCCCAUCACAUCAGCCGUAGUUAUUUCACGCUUAUUGCAAAUCAUUUGUUUACAGUUCUCCGCAAUCGACCUCCGACCAACACUGUUUCAUUGUUGUAUUGCCCUGUAUAUGUGUAAUGCUUCUAAGACUAGAUCGAAGCGAGAACGGUCCAUAGCUCUGUAUGUUCACGUACAGUACAGUACCACUAUGUGCUUUGUAUGUUCUCUUCGGCUGUGUUGUGCAAACCCAUCACAAUGGAAUCUCUGCUUCAAGAGCAAUUAAUAAAGAUCUAUUCUGUACUGGUUACAA